GUUGAGUUCUUCACUCCCCCAUCUUGGGCCGCCUGAGGGAAGCCCGCCAAGCAGGGGCGGGGCAGGGGACCUGGCUGCCUUAUUAGCAGAGGCUGCCGGAGGAGGAGAGCCAGUCACACCGCAGGCACAAUGGAGAGCGACAGCGUGAACCAGAGCCAAGCCAAGGGCAGCCCGCCCGCGGGGAACUGUCAGGAGAAAAGCCUCUGCGGCGAGCAGCCGGCUGCCGCCACAGUGCCCAUGCUGUCGGGUAUGGAGGUGGCGGAGGAGCCGGACAAAGCGGCGCCCCGAGGCAAAGGCAAGGACCCCAACGCCUAUAAAGUGCUCUCCCUGGUAUUAUGUGUCAUUGUGCUAACAACAAUCCUAGGAUGUAUAUUUGGAUUGAAGCCUAGCUGUACAAGAGAUGUGAAAACUUGCAAAGGUCGUUGUUACGAGAGAACAUUUGGAAGCUGCCGCUGUGACAGUGAAUGUGUUAAACUUGGAAACUGCUGUUUAGAUUUCCAGGAAGCCUGUAUAGAACCUGCUCAUAUAUGGACUUGCACCAAGUUUCGAUGUGGUGAGAAGAACCGGCAAGAAUAUACUUGUUCCUGUUCAGAUGACUGUGUGAAAAAUAAUAAUUGCUGUGUCAAUUAUUAUUCAGUUUGUGAAGGAAAGACAAGCUGGCUUGAAGAAAAAUGUGAGGACGUAAAUGAACCGCAGUGCCCAAAAGGAUUUACAAAACCUCCAGUAUUAUUGUUUUCUUUGGAUGGAUUCAGAGCUGAGUAUUUGCACACAUGGGGUGGACUUCUUCCUGUUAUUAGCAAAUUACGGGAAUGUGGAACAUACACUCGUGCCUUGAGACCAGUCUAUCCAUCAAAAACAUUUCCCAAUCAUUACAGUAUUGUCACGGGCCUAUAUCCAGAAUCCCAUGGUCUAGUCGAUAACAAAAUGUAUGAGCCAAAUAGAAAUGCUUUCUUCACACUCAGAAAUCAAGAGAAGUUCAACCCACAGUGGUACCAAGGACAGCCGAUUUGGCUGACAGCUAUGUAUCAAGGACAAAAAUCUGGUACAUUCUUCUGGCCUGGAUCAGAUGUCAGUGUUAAUGGAAGUUAUCCGAACUUCUUCCAAAUAUACAAUGGAUCAAUACCAUUUGAAGAAAGAGUGAUAACUUUUCUUAGCUGGCUACAGUUACCAGAAGAGGAAAGACCACAAUUUUACACUCUGUAUUUAGAAGAACCAGAUUACUCGGGCCACAGAUAUGGACCAAUCAGCAGUGAAGUAAUUCUUGCAUUACAGAGAGUGGACAAGGUAAUUGGAAUACUGAUGGAUGGUCUUAAGCAAAUGAACCUGCACAAUUGUAUUAACAUUAUUCUUGCCUCUGAUCAUGGGAUGGAGGCCGCCAGCUGCAGCAAAGCAGCAUACAUGAGUGCAUACUUGAAAAACGUCCAAGAUUUGUUUGUAGUACCUGGCCCUGCAGCUCGCUUAAGACCCCAAAACGUUCCAGAUGAGUAUUUCUCUUUUGACUAUGAAGGCAUUGUCAGAAACCUUACAUGUUUGGUCCCAGAUCAGCAUUUCAAACCGUACAUGAAGCACCUGCUCCCCAAGCGAUUCCACUAUGCCAAGAAUGACCGGAUUGAACCAGUGCAUUUUUAUAUGGAUCAGCAGUGGCAAUUUGCUCGGAUGCCUUCUGAACUCAAGUAUUGUGCCGGUGGGUUUCAUGGUUCAGACAAUAUGUUUGCAAAUAUGCAGGCACUCUUUAUUGGCUUUGGACCUGGAUUCAAAUUUCAGACUGAAGUUGAUCCCUUUGAAAACAUUGAAAUCUACAAUUUAAUGUGUGAUUUACUUGACUUGACACCAGCCCCCAACAAUGGAACUCAUGGGAGCCUUAACCAUCUUCUUAAAAAAGCUGCUUACACCCCAAGGCAUCCUAAGGAAGAAAGCCUUCCUUCUUCAUGCACUUUCACAGAGCGGAGAAAUGCUGCAAAGGCUCUUGGCUGCUCAUGUGAACCGGCUUUACCACAGAUUCAACCACAGAUAAAUCUCAAUACUUCAGAAGUGAAGAAAAUAGAAAAACAUGCUUUGCCAUUUGGGAGGCCCAGAGUGCUGCAAAAGAAGCGGAUCUAUUGUCUUCUUCACAACCGCCAUUAUGUAAAUGGAUUUAGUCAGGACAUCAAGAUGCCUUUGUGGAGUGCCUAUACAGUUAAUAAGCAUGACAAUUGGAAUGCAUCUGCAGAAGCUAUCUCAAGCUGUAUCCAUGUUGACAAUCGUAUUCCUUUAAGUCGCAACCAGAAUUGUUCAUUUUACAAGAACCAUCCUCAGCUGAACUAUGGAUUUCUUUUCCCACCAAAUCUGAUAAAGAAUGAAAGAAACAGGAAUUAUGAUGGGCUUUUCACAAGCAAUAUCGUACCAAUGUACCAUGCUUUUCAAGUGAUAUGGAACUAUUUUAAUGCCAUCCUACUGCCAACAUACGCUGCAGCCAGAAAUGGUGUAAAUGUCAUCACUGGUCCUGUGUUUGAUUAUGACUAUGAUGGCUUGUAUGAUACACCUGAGAAAGUUAAGAGACUUACUAAUAAUACAGAAGUCCUGGUUCCAACUCAUUACUUCAUUAUAUUGACAAGUUGUAAAAAUGUUUCUCAGACUCCUUUGCAAUGUGAAGGAUCUCUUGAUGUGGUAUCUUAUAUUGUACCUCACAGAGAAGACAACAAUGAAAGCUGUGCAGAUGGCAAGCCUGAGUCCUUGUGGGUUGAAGAAAGAAUGAAGUUUCAUACAGCCCGUGUCAGAGAUGUAGAACUUCUUACUGGGCUAAGCUUUUAUCAUGACAGAAAGCAGCCUGUAUCUGAUAUUUUACAGUUAAAAACAUAUUUGCCAAAUUUUGAAAAGGCAUAAUUUUAAAUUUUGUACUCUGCUGGAUUUCUAUACAGAAAGAGAGAGACUGUAUUACAGGAAACAAUGCUUUGAACAUGCGGGAAGAUUUUCUGAGGAUCUUGAGCAAAAUUGAAGCUAGAAAAAAUAUCUGUGCCACAUUUGUAUCUCAGGGACAUUUUAUGGACAACUACACACACACACACACGAUGUGUAUGUGUAUGUAUGUGUGUGUGUGUGUGUGUAUAUAUAUAUAUACACACACACACACACACACACACAAAACUAAGGACAGCUUCUCUCAGCCUUAUUAUCCACGUUAUGUGGUAGACAUUUUGUACCUUGGCUCUAAUAAAAUCUGCUAGCAAUACAUAAAUUGAUGAACAUGCAAAAGAGAAAUUUAUUAUUGUUUUCAACUAACUUAACAAAACAAGAGCAACUAUUUAUAUACUGCUUUUCAAAAAAAGUUUCUAAAGUGAUUUACAUAAGAGAAAUAAAUAAAUAAGAAAGAAAGAAAGAAAGAUGGCUCCUUGUCCCCAAAGGGCUCACAAUCUAAAAAGAAACCUAAGAUAGAAACAAGCAACAGUCACUGGAGGUACUAUGCUGGGGGUGGAUAGGGCCCGUUACUCUCCCCCUGCUAAAUAAAGGGAAUCACCAUGUUUAAAAGGUGCCUCUUUGCCCAGUUAGCAAGGAACUUAAAAAUUUACCAGAGUCACUUUGGUUGUUUUUGGUUUUUGUUUUACUGGUGAAGAUGGUGGAUGGCAGAAGUUUUUUUUGGUUUUUUUUUAAUGAAAAACAGUAUAUAUGGCCAUGUUCAGAAAUGCUUUUUCAUUUAUUUCCACCCUCAUUUUAUUUAUUUCUACCCCAAUUUUUAUGAAUGUUGUUGAAUUUCUCAACCACUGGAGGAUGAAGUGAAAUAUAACUUUAUGUCUUUUGGCCCAGUGCUUCACCCCCCACACCCCAAUCCCCCACCUUUUUGGUGUUUUAACAAAAAGAUAUACCACCAGCCUGAUUUCUGUCUUGGGUUUCAGAAAUGCCUCCAGACCCAGAAUAAUAAUCCUUUCUUCAGUAUCUCCUGCUGCAUCUGUCUCCAUUCUGGAUGACUGGUGGGGAGAUGCAGUGGGUUCCUGCCCCUCCUAGUGGGAAUCAUUGUUUUACACAAAGUAGUGAGCAAGCUUUCAAGAUCACCAGGAUCCUUCUUCAAAGCUGAAUAUUAAAAUACAAAAGGGAAAGGAUGUUGGUGGCAGGGAUUAUGGAAAGAUCUUCUCGUUUCUUUUUUGCUUAACAUCCAAUGUGAAGAAGAUUCUGGAAAACUUGCUCACUGUGUGAUUUUUCAGUUGUUGUUUUUAUAAAGGCACUAUUCUAUUGUAGCUUUGGGUUUUUUCUUUUUGAUUUUAAAUGGACCAACACAGCUACCUUUAAUGGCUGUGUACUAUAAUAUACAUGUUCUACAAACAAAUUAGCAGGGAUGUUAGUAACAAAACUAAUCUUUAAUUUUAAAGCCUGUUGGAACGUUAAUCAUUUGUUCCCAAAUUAACUCUAGAUUUAAUGACUAUGGGUAUAGCUGUACCAACUGGGGUCUUUUCCUAUUAUAUACCCCAGAAUAUAAAAUAAGCAGCUGGUGUAGUCUACCUCAUCCUGAGAUUCGUCUCUGAUAUACAUAUUGGAAAGCUGCCAUCAAAACUUUUCUGCAAAGUUGGAAACAUGGUGCUGGCCCUCAGCAACAUGCUUCUGGUCUUGCAGAGCCCUUCCAGAGUGCAGGGAACACUCGGGACCCUAAGGGCUCUUGCAUAACAGUGCACACACAGGCGGCUGGGGAGGGGGGUCUGUCGCACAAGGGCUCCUGUCACCCCCCUCCAGUCCCUCGAAACACACUGACUUCAUUAAUCAGGAUGUCCAGGCUUGUUUACCAAAAGAGUAGAUAUUUGAAGAGUUACUAAUUUACCUUGUGUCACCCUCAGAGGGACUGGGAAGGACAUAUUUCCCCUGCUCAGCAGGGAGGGCACUGUGCAGCUUCAAGCUUGGUUUAUGGCUCUUUUAAAAAGAAUUUUUAAGCUUAAAUAUGAACACAGCUGUGUACCUUCUCAGCACUAAUAAGUUUUAUAAAUAACACAUCAGAGCUCCAAUCCCAUAUUUGUGUGUACAUACAGGAAAUACACAGAGUAGUUAUAAAACAAAGAGGAUUCAAUAGGCUGUAAACUCCUAAGAAAUACUCUAAGAAGCACUGCUGCUGACGCACCUUAUAUUUUGUAUUCAUCUCUCUCUCUCUCUCUCUCUCUCUCUCUCUCUCUCUCUCACACACACACACACACACACACACACACACACACACACACACACACACAAGGUCUGAGUAGCAGUAUCAAGGCUGUAUGUGCACACAUGCAUUCUGAAUGGGGCCUUCCCAAUUCAACCUGAGCGGGAUCUAAAAUUAACUGAGCGGACAUCAGAAAAUGUGUAAGCAUGUGCACACCUUAGAGGGAACAGUGACUAUGAGGCAUAGAUACUUCACAAUAAGGCAGCCGGGUUAUGUGCCACACACCUGCUGCUGAAGGGGUAACUUAUCACCUUGCUUCCUCAACAUGCCAACAGUUUCUUGCUGUACUCUCUUUAGCCCUAUCUUGGACCCUAAAAAUGCCCAUUGUGUAUUUGCCUAUGAUGUUGCCACAACAUGUUAACCUCAUCAAGGAAUGGCAUAACUUCCCUAAAUGCCUUCCUGGAGGUGGUAAAGGGCUGGAUGUGGGCUAACAAACUGAAAAUGAAUCCAAAUAAGACAGAGGUACUGACGGGGUGGAGGCAAGUCGGGACCCAAGAGAUAGUUUAGAUCUGCCUGUUCUGGAUGGGAUUACACUCCCCCUGAAAGAUCAGGUACGUAGCUUGGGAAUACUGGAUCCAAAACGCUCUCUGGUUUUUCAGGUUUAGGCAGUGGCCAGGAGUGUUUCAGCUUCGGAUGAUACAGGAGUGUAUCAGCUUCGGAUGAUACAUCGGCUAUUUCCAUUUCUUAAGGCAAAUGACCUUAAACUGUAGUGCAUAUGCUGGUAACUUCCAGGCUUGAAUACUGUGAUGCAGUCUACAGGGGCUGCUUUUGUAUGUAGUCCAGAAACUACAAUUGGUACAGAGUGUGCAUCCCAAAGGGACCAUAUAACACUGAUUUUAAAAGAACUGCACUGGCUGUCAAUAUGUUUCUGGGCAAAAUACAAAGUGCUGACUAUUACCUACAAAACACGUAAUGGCUUGGAUCCAGGGUACUUGAGAGACUGCCUUCUUUGUCUCGAACGCUGUUGCCUAUUAUGAUCUUCUGGAGAGGUCUGGUUACAGUUUCUGACAGCUCAUUUGGUCCGAGACUUAUCUGUGGCUGCCCCGGGGCUUUGGAGUAUUCUCCCUACUGAAAUAAGCCUCUCCUUCUCGGUUUGCUUUUAGGAAGACCCUCAAGAUGCACCUGUUUUCACAGGCUUUUAACUGGAAUCAAUUUUAAAUGGUUUAAUUUGUUUUUAUUAGUCUGGUUUUAUCAUAUGUAAAAUUUUAACUGUUUUUACUCUGUUAUAUAUUAUGUUUUAAAUUUUGUACACUGCCUAGAGAUGUACAUAUCAGGCGGUAUAAAAAUAUGAUGACCAAACAACCUCUCCAUUAUGCUGUACCACCUCUGAUGCUACAUAGUAGUCAUUGGUACACCUCAUGUGUGGACUCUGCAUGUCUCAGGACUUAAAUUUUGCAAUUGGGUUCCAAUUAGGGAUGUGUGAAUCUAUUCAGGUACCAAAUGAUUUUUACCCAAAUCUACCUGUUUUGGGUGACUUGUGAACAAAACAAAUCACCCAUGUGCUAGCUGGCCAGAUUUGGGUACAAAACAAAUUGGCCAGAUUUUGGACCUGGAAAAUGUGUAGACUCAGACCUCCAUUUUGUGGUGAUCUCUCGUGCUGCCUCUGUUUUGUAUCAGGAAAUAUUUUUGAAAAUCCCGCUCUCCCAAACUUCAGAUUGGUGACUUGCAGUGUGCAAUGAUUGGCUUGUGAUUCCAGAUUGGCUCAUUUCCCUUCAAAUCUUGUGUUGCUGGGGUGACUGACUCUGCAUUGGCUAGGAGAAGGGUCAAAGAAGGGACAAGGGUGGAGGGCAUUUUAAGGAGGGAUUUUCAAAUGUACUUAAGGAGGCAGGAAGCCACCAUUCUGCCUUUCUGCCUCAUGGGAGGGGAGGGGAGAGAGAGAGCGUGCGCACAAGCGUGUAUGCACCAGAGGAGCUUUGCCUUGCCUUGCCUUGCCUGCCUGCUGCCUGGAGUGGAUUGUGUGCUUUUUGUUCCUGCUUUCCUGAUUAAGGAAAAGAGAUGAUAAUUUUUUUUUCACCCCCUUCCUGCUGCUGAGAGAAUCACGGCCUGCGCCUACUGUCUGUGCAAAUCAAUUUGGAUACAAAAUUAUUUGUAACCGAAGCUACCUGUUUGGGGAAAUUUGUGGACAAAAUAAAUCACCCCUUGCUAGCUGGCCAAAUUCGGACCCAAAACAAAUCAGGUGAUAAAAUUCGGGUACAAAUCAAAUUUUAAAAAAUUGAUUAGUGUGCAUCCCUAGUUCCAAUACAAUACCCAAGUGCUAGAUAUAGAGAUGAAGCCUUAGUUGUGAAGAGCACACAUUUGUAUAAAUCUCAGCCCCUAUCUUUAAAAUACAAGCAGAAAUCUAAUCCUUUCCUAGUCCCCACUCUGAACUCUGAAGGAAAUCAUCAUAUAUACACGCUUCAUCACUGAUGCUCUGCACGUAUUUAGCACUGGAGUCUUAGAAUCUGGAUACAAAAUAUAUACAACAACUGAACCUUAAGAUAGAGGCAACACAAAUUAAGAAAUGGUUCACACACUCAGACUCUUGUACAGUACAGUGGUAUGCUGGUGAUGUGUAGAACAUCACAGAUGAUGGGCAAAAGAGCCAAAUGCAUCUACUACAAAAAAGGAAGUGGACAUAUGGUGCAUGUAUAGAAAUACAAACAUGUACUGCAUACAUGAUGUUCUAUAACUAAUGGGGAAGCUAUGUAAGCCUUAGCAUUUAUUCUGACUUUAAAUAAAGUUUUGUUGUACAUGUAACAAAGUGUGACUUCACACAACUGCCACCAAACAAGGAAGGCAUCAAAAUGUUGCGAAUAUAUUGGGAACUGAGAGUGCACACUUCAAAUGAACAUGUCAUUUGAACCCACCCAAGUCUGGUUCCUGUGCUCUCUGUCUGACAUUCUCUGCCCAACUUCAAAUCUUGGGUACAGAAAUUGGGCAUAUACCAGGUGCAGAAUCUUGGGAACCAGAUUUGGGCAGGUUUGAAGACAUAGCUGCUGGGAUUGCGCACUCUUGGUUCCCAAUGCUCCCCUGACAUUUCCCUGCUUUCCUUACUUGCUGAUGGUCAUGUGAAGCAAUGCGCCAUCAUUCAUGCACUACUCUAAGAGACACUGCACUAAAGUGUAUGCAAUCUUCUGCAGAUGUAUUCAGAGUAAGCCCCACUGAGUAUGGUGGAACUUGCUUCUGAAGAAAUAUGUAUAGUCCUGGACUAUUACACACAGGGGUGGAUUAAGCUCUUUGGCACCUGUAGGCGGCCAAAGAUUUGCCACCCCAGUGGCAAGGAAGUUGGGGGAGCUUAAUUGAAUUUAUAUUUUAAAUUAAAGCAGCCACUGCGCAGGAACGUGGCAGUGCAAGCUCCUCAUGCACUUGCCUGCCCGCCUCCCAAAUUAUGGUGGCAGGCGGGUGCAUGCCGUGUGAGAUGCAAAGGGGCAAUGAGUGGUGGAGAGAGCACGCAGGCAGCGAUAGACAAUGAAGUAGAGACAGUGGUGAUAGGUCCUAUCCUAAGCCCACCUACCUCCUGAAUGAGACUGAUUGCCCUGUUUCCGGCCUUUCUGCACACGCUUUCUGCGCUUCAAGAGGUAGGUGGGCUUGGGAUAGGACCUAUCAUCACUCUUUCCACCUCAUUGGCUAUUGCUGCCCUGCUACCUGCCUGCUUUCUCCGCCACCCAUUGCCCCUUUGGCACCUGCCGCUGUGCCGUCAAGUGAAAAAAAACACAUAUGCAUAACAAAUGUAUAUAUAUUUCUUUUUUAAAAAUGCUGCUGGGGGGAUAUUUGCUGUAGGCAGCUGCCUCCACUGCCUCUCCUGCAAUCCGCCUAUGAUUAUGCACUGACCAGCUUUCAGUGGAGCUUGAGACAUGAUGUGGCAUUGUAUGGAUACUGACCACCCAUUUCUGUAUUGUCUGGGGUCAGAGAUUUUUCACAUUGUGGAUUUGUUUAACAUCAUGGGAUAAUGUUUCACCAACUUUUCAUUGUCUUGAUAUCUUCUGUCAAAAUUCUAUAACAGUGCUUUCAUUAAAGGAGUACCACCAUAUGUGUCAACUGUUACAGUACUGUAAUAGCCCGGUAGCACAAUUUUUUUUACAAAAAAAUAAAGAAUUGCAUGAU